AUGAUCCUUAAACACGCUGCUUUGGCCCUGGCGGCCCUCCAGUGCGUUGCGGGUCUCCGCUUUGCAAUGUAUAUUGACGAAUGGCACGUCAACGGUCUACCGGGCAGCGAUCAGACACAGGGGAUCACGCAUGCCAUUAUGGGAUUCGCCAAAUCUACGGAUUUCACCGGUGACGCGCCUGCGGCAUUCCAGCCUUUUGAGCCGGUCUCAACUUUCCGCAACCGCUUCUCACCCGAUACAAAGGUCAUGAUUGCGAUCGGCGGAUGGGGUGAUUCUGCAGGUUUCUCUGCGGGCGCAAAGGACGAGGCUUCUCGGGAACGGUACGCGAAGAACGUGGCGGCCAUGCUGGAGAGUACUGGUUUUGAUGGCGUGGAUAUCGAUUGGGAGUACCCCGGCGGAAACGGCGAAGACUACAAGAAAGUGCCAAACGAUCAGAAGGUUGAUGAGAUCGAGACGUUCCCGUUGCUCCUUCAGGCUUUAAGGACGGCUGUCGGUGACAAGAAGAUCAUCUCUAUUGCGACACCCGGCAAACGCGAGGACAUGAUUGCGUACACGACAGAGCAAGGUCCUAAGAUCUGGCCGUCUGUGGAUAUGAUCAAUAUCAUGUCCUAUGACCUGAUGAACCGGCGCAACAACGAGACCAAGCACCACACCGGCAUCGCGGAUUCGCACGACACCAUCAAAGCAUAUCUCGAGAUCGGUGCACCGCCGGAAAAGAUCAACCUUGGCUUUGCGUACUAUGCGAAAUGGUUCACCACCCAAUCCGACGUAGACUGCGGUACUUACCCUAUUGGAUGUCCGACGGUGGCCAUGGAGGCGGCCGAUGGAAGCGACAAUGGCAAGUCGGGAGCUAUGACAUUCGAGCCGCAGAACAUGGCCGCGCAGCCCUCCGAUCUGAAGGUGUCAACCGACAUGACUUGCGGGCUGGCGAAGGGAACCCGAUGUCCCGCUGGUACAUGCUGCAGUAUCUACGGCAACUGUGGAACGGGCGACGAUUUUUGCCUGGCAGCCUGUGACUCUAACUUUGGCGAAUGCAAAGGCGUGCCGAUACAGGACUCGUGGCGACGCGCUCGCGCUGAGGGCCAGACUGACGAGGAAGGGGGCGGACAGUACUACAUGGACACGCAGAACCACUUGUUCUGGACCUGGGACACACCGACACUGAUGACUCGCAAGUUCACAGAGAUCGUCGAUGUGGAGAAGCUGGGAGGCGUGAUGGCCUGGAGCUUGGGAGAAGAUACAUAUAACUUUGAGCAUCUGAAGGCGAUGCAGGAGGGUGUUGCCCAGCGCGCCGGUGGAACUGCGACCCCUGCGCGCACUCGUUGCUCUGGCGGCAGCCAAUCCGCGUGCUCUAAGCGCCACGGGGCUGUUGGGGUCUCUCUGAGCCGUCAACAGCGACCAGCCAAGCCUCAUGCAGGGAAUUCUAGGUCUUUCUUAAUCGUCUACAAGUCCACCUCAGUUCAGUUUUCUGCGGCCGUCGGCUUCAACAGCAUGAAGUGCUUCAUCGUGUUGACCUUUGUUCCGCUCGUUCUCGCUCUUACCAUCCCCAACACCAACAAGAAUCACGACGCCAGCUCGGUUGAGUUUAUACAACAACAUCAACAACGUCUUUUCGGGACCAAAACGACAGUCGCAGAGUACAAACGUCCCAGCCUGAAAAUCAACCAUGGCACGAUUAUUCCCGCAAACAAGGAAAGGACCCAGGCAACUGCCACAACUUCUAAUCCUAGCUACAUCCACGCGCUGCGGAUCGAGCAAGCACCAUACCAUCUGAUAGCACGGUACUCGAAUGCCCUCUUUGCGCUCGGGCUCCUGCUUCUCGUCCCCCUUACUCUAGGGAUCAUUGAGUUGGCCGGACGCCUCUUCCGAUGCGUCUCAGUGGACGAAUGUCCCGAGCGCGGACGAGAGAAGCAGGGAACUGAAUCGCAUCAGGAAAUAGAAGAGUGGGCGUUUCGACAGAGGGAACGGGAUAAUAAAAAGCGACCGGCCACUGUCGCGGUGGAAAUGAUCGACACAAUGAAAAUCGGCUCAUGA